UAUUAUUGUUUUCAUUUGUUUUGCUUGAAGAAUUAAUGAGAAUUUUCUGAAAGAACAAGAAAAUGUCUUUGGUGGCGUACGAAUAUAGCAGUGAUGAAGACAAUGACAGUGUAGAAGGAGAAAGACAGGAUGCAGAGAGUAGUGCAUUGAAGGAAGAUGUAAAAAGUGAAGGGAAGCCAGAGAAAGCUGAUGAAGAUCCUAUCAGUGACGAAGAUGAUGAGAAGCAGCCUUCUGGAUCUAGCACAAAUUCUUCUAUUGGUGGUCUAAUUUUCAAUUUGCCAGCACCGAAUAAGGAUAUGCACAAAGCAAUUUUAGAGGAGGAAGAUGACGAGUUUCUGAAGAUCAAAGCAACCCCAAUACAGGAACCUCCUGCCAAAAAAGGCCCAGUUCGCAUAACAAUUCCAUCUCUAUCAGAUUUCAAGGAUUUGGAAGACAAUGACAAUGAGUCAGAAAAGAAAAAGACUUCACAGAAAGCCAAGGGGAGUGAUUUGCUGAGUAUUUUGCCAAAACCCCUCUCAGAGACUCUCUUUCAAACGAGCGCCGAUGGGAAGAAGAAACGCAAUGCUUUGGUUCCGGACUCAGUGGUUAAUCGGCAUUUGAAGAAACAGACCAAGCAAAGUGCACCUAAACCGGAUGAUAAUGAUGAAUGUAGCGAUGACAGUGAUACUGGAAAUGACUUUUUCCGUCUCAACACAAACGACGAUCUUCCAGAAGUCAGUAAGAACGAAAUAAGUGUUCUGGUGGCUAAGAAGGCAGCACAAAUAGCUGCAACUAGUUCGAGAUUUGAGCAAGAAUCAGAAACACCAAUAAAUACAAAUGAGACAGAAGAACUUCCUAUGGAAUCGAUAAGCCAGACGGACAUGGCGUUGGAUGAUACAGCCUUGGAGAAACUCUGUGGCAGUGGCAAGAGGACAAAGAGGGCACGUAUUGAGGAUAUUAACAUUGUGGACAUCCGGGGUGAUGAAGUGAUGCCAAGUCAAGAGGAAUGGAUGCGUCAUGCCUUGGCUAAUUCAACGGAUAUUCCAAAAGCAAAACCUGCCGCGGGCACUGAAGCUAGUGGAUUGAGCAAGAGGAAACAUCAGAUUACUUACUUGGCGUACCAGGCAAAAGCUAACGAGCAGGAACUACAAGCAAUGUGGGCAGCUAAUCGUCAAUCCAGACGACAAACACAGAGUAAAUACGGAUUUUAGUGUAAAGGGGUAAGAUUACUUUUUGUCAAUAAAAUUUUUCUUUCAAUCAA